CAUGCGCAUUACAGGUCAACGUCCAGCGGAUACGUGUACUGUACCAUGUCUGUGUCAUCAUCCCGCUGUGUGGUCGACUACUCGCCGUCAGACGAGAGUGAAGACGACGGAAGAUUUACAGGCGGCGGCGCAGACGAAGAAAUGAGGGAACCGGUCGCGAAACGAAUGAAAACGCACGAAGAUUCUUCGCUGCGAAUAAAGCCGAGUGUGUCUGUGUCGAGCGACGAUGGUGCAAGAGACGAGGUGAUGUGUGUGCCAGAUGCUGUGCGAGAGAUGUUUGACGAUGGUGAGAUCGAAUGUGACGAUGCAGCCCAACACGACGGCCGCAUUCGUUCGUUUCCACAUGUCACAGGAAACUGGGCAACGUACGUGUUCGCUCCAUUUCAUACGAACUCUUCGUUUGGAGCUCUGGUCACUCAUUUGACUGACGAAUUGACUGAAUGCUUGAAGUGCUCUGAUGCUAAUAUGCAGAGGGAUACGCUUGCACCGUCGAUGAAUUUGAUGCAUGCGAAGGAGCUGCAUAUCAGCGUGUCACGGACGGUUACUAUUCGUCACCAUUGGAUUCGGCCGUUAAUCGAUUGCCUACAGAAGGAGCUGCAGUCGAAGUCAAGCUUUGUGUAUGCAUUUGAAGGUCCACGGUUCUAUUGCAAUGAUGAGAAGACGAGAUCAUUUCUUGGGUUGCGAGUAUCUGCAGGACGACGAGAAUUGACUGGCAUUGUUGAGUGUGUCAAUUCAGCAUUCGACCAGUUUGCUUUGGAACAUUUUUACGAGGACAUGGACUUUCAUUUGAGUAUCGCCUGGUGGCUUGGAAACAUCUUGCCCAACAUCACAGAUGAAAUGCAGCAUCAGUUACAGUCCGAACCAGAAAAUGGACAUCAUCUUAUAAGGCAACGUCUCCUGGUCAUUCAGAACACUAACACUGCAAACUGUUGAUUGCAAGUCACUUGGAGCAACCAAGUGCACGAGGCUUGCUUGUUGAGACACACUGGAUACUGUAAGCUUCUGUCGAUGAGGCAACUUUGCCUUGGUUCAAGGUUUGGAGGACAUUCUUGGGGCUAUGUCGAUAUGUCUAUCUUUGUACUUCUUUUCUUAAAACGAAUCGGGUGAAGUGUAGUGUCUUGCAGUGAAGUCAAGGAAGAAAGCCGUGUGUACAGAUAAUCACAGAAACAUCACUAUGGAGCCACAUGUGGAGUGUGUAUUUAGAGAGUAUUUUUGUUAUGCGACCAACGAUCCAAGUGAUGCUUUGUGCAUCCAUAAAAUCAAACAAAAAUAAUCAUAAAUUUAGUUAUAGACUCUAUAGUUGGCUCAGAGGUGAUGCUUAGCUAUAGUAUCUUACAUACAGCUCACUAUACAUGGCAGCUAUUGAACUGUAUUGGAAAGGCAAAGUGUAGGAAAGGCUCUUGUGAUAUCGGUUGUUAGGGUUUUAAGUCGGUGAUGAAGCCUCACCAUUUGAUUCACUUCUUAUUGAAUAGUGAAUACGUUAGUACAGAUUUCUUUACGAGCAUCAGAAG